AUGACUGGUAGAGACAUCGAAGGGCAACAAACAGACCCAAUAUCGUCAACUCAAAACAAUAACAACGGUAUUCAUUAUAUCUCGAUUCCGAUCUCUGUUGUUUCGAAUACCAACGAGAACUCAUCAAAUCCAAAUGCAUCCGAUAACAAUAAUAAUGCCACUUAUGGUUCAAUAGAAAUAAGAAAGAAUAACAACGGCAAUAAUGGCAUUCACAUAAGCAGACGUGGCUCUAUUUUUGAUCAACCUUUUGGUUCAUUUAAGGGACCGAAUUCUUUGAGUAGAUUUGCUUCUUCUUUCAAAAGAGCCAAUUCUUUUAAAUCGGUUGAACUACAUCACGAUAAAGAAAGAUCCUUUUUCAAAGAUGGUUAUGAUGAACUAUAUGACCCAAACACACUAGCUCCAAGUGCACAUGGUAGAAGAUUAUCAUUGGCUUUAAGCAACAGCAAUUUGAAUGGUGCAACCAACAACAGGACUUUAUUGCAGAACCAAGCUUCGAUUUCUGAUUUAUUAUCACAUUCGGGCAAUCAAACAGUUUUUGAUGAUCGCGAUUCUGCGGUUUCAAGUUUAUCACCGUCUGUUUCCGGUACAAGUCAUGUUGGUUAUUUGAACGGGAUUGCUGCUAAUGCCAGUUCUACUAACACUGUUCCAUUUGACAGUAACUCUAUUGUUUUAAAAAAGGUAGAAACCAAGAACGGAAACGUUGUUACUGUGUUGGCAGGGCAGUCCACUGCGCCUCAAACCGUUUUCAAUUCUGUUAAUGUUUUAAUCGGAAUUGGCUUGUUGGCCUUGCCACUAGGUAUGAAAUAUGCCGGGUGGGUUGUUGGUAUUCCAUUGUUAUUUCUGUUUGCAAUCGCCACUUUUUGUACCGCAGAAUUGUUGUCCAGAUGUUUAGACACUGAUCCAACAUUAAUUUCGUACGGUGAUUUAGGAUAUGCUGCUUUUGGUGCUAAGGGUCGUGCGUUAAUUUCCUUGUUGUUUACUUUUGACUUGAUGGGCAGUGGUGUUUCCUUGUUUAUUUUAUUUGGUGACUCGCUCAAUGCUCUUUUCCCUCAAUACUCAGUGACAUUUUUCAAGCUUAUUGGGUUUUUAAUUAUUGCUCCUCAGAGUUUUGUUCCGUUAAGUGUUUUAUCCAAUGUUUCACUGUUGGGAAUAAUAUCCACAACUGGGACUGUUGUUGUUAUCUUUUUAAGUGGUCUUUACAAGUCUACAUCGCCAGGAUCUUUAAUAAACCCAAUGCCAACACACUUAUUUCCUAAAUCAUUUAAUGACUUUUGUUUAUCCAUCGGAUUGUUGUCGGCUUGUUGGGGUGGCCAUGCGAUCUUUCCCAAUUUGAAAACAGACAUGAGACAUCCUGAAAAAUUUAAGGACUGUUUGAAAACUACCUAUUCAAUAACAUCUGUAACUGAUAUUGGGACUGCCAUUCUUGGGUUUUUAAUGUUUGGCUCCAGCGUCAUGGACGAAGUUACUAAGAGUGUGUUGUUGACUCAAGGGUACCCUAAUUUUGUUUACUUUUUAAUUUCUGCUUUGAUGGCUAUAAUUCCUAUUGCCAAAACUCCCUUGAACGCCAUGCCAAUCGUAUCUAUAUUGGAUAGAUUGAUGGGUAUUCAUAACGUUCAGCUUGACUUUGAAAGGGGGACUUUUAAAUACUACGGUGCUUUGUUCUUGGGCGGAUUUAAUAAGCUUAUGGUGAACCUUAUUUUUUUGUUAGUUUCCAUUCAACUACCAGCAUUCGAUAAACUAAUCGCAUUUAUUGGUGCAGGAUUAUGUUUUAUGAUUUGUUUUAUUUUACCAUGCCUGUUUUAUUUAAGGAUAUGUAGGGAAAGAGUUAAACCAUGGGAGAGAGUUGCUUGUCAUGUGACUAUUGUGGUCAGUGCAGUUCUGGCUGUUUUAGGUAUUGGUGCUGCAAUCUUUCAUUGA